CACUUUCGUUCGACUCGACGCCGACGACAUGCUGACGCAGGAGGCGUUCGAGAGGAUCGAGCAGUCGGCAAGUGUGUCGAAGGGCGACGUCACUGUGCACGGCGCCGGGCUGCUCGACAUGGUGACACUCUACGACGAGGGCAAGUCGCUACAGUGUGAGCACGAGUCGAGACGGCGCAACUUUCAGAUGUCGGUGGAGCAAGGGCAGUCGGUCUCGCUGGAGGCGUCGCUGUGGCGGUCUCUUCGGGCCCCCUAUGAGGUGCAUGGCAACCACGUGCACCUCGCCGAGGUGUGGGAGAGGAGGCUGGGCACGCUCAACAAGGGCUCGCCUGCCGAGGCGCCGCGCCAUCGAGUGCACACGGUUACCGUCGAGAAGCCGGCCAUCUACCUCCGCACGCUCCUCUCGGGCCUCUUUGUCAAGGAGCGGCUGGCGAGGCCCCGCGCGGGAGAAGCAGCCACCCCUCGCCUCGCUCCGCGCGGCGAAGCCGUCCCUGUUCUCGUGGGUGUCGCACAAGCUCUUCCCUCGCCACGCGCCGGCAGCGGAGUCGUCCGGCUGCAAGCAGGUGCGCGCCAAGAUUGGAAAGGCAGAGGCGGGGCUGCUGCUUCGCGCCCGCCCGCCCGCCCUGACGGACCGGGAGGCGAGGGAGGUGUGCCAGCCAGGGAUGGGCUGCUGGAACUCGCAGACGGGCUGAGCGGUUUCGUGGACCAUGGUGGCCCGGAGGGCCGCGGUGCGUGCGCGCAUAGACCGUAGUGCUGUGUAUAGGUAGAGUGUCAGUGACGACGCGUCCGAGUGCCCAGUGUGUGCCAGGAACGUUGUACGAAGGCGAGAGUUGGGCGCGCACGUGAGAGCCGCGCCCGCGGCGCGGUCCGAGGCCGAGGCUAGCGGUAAAAUCUAGAUCGC